CCAGUUCAGGAAAGACCGUUAAGCUGCAGAUGUUUGGCAGCUACACACAGAGGAAGUGCUUCGGAAAGAGGGGGUGAGAUUUGCAUGCCUGCCGAAAGCACUGGACGGGACGAGCGCUAGUGGAGGCCCGAGAGUUCCAGCAUGCCUCUCCCACCACCCCCUUCCUCACCGCCACCCCCUUACCCGGCGUCAAGAGAUUCUCUGAGCCUGAACAAGUCCUUCCUGCGAAGUCUGUUGGGAAUACUGCGCAUCGCACAGCUGGUGCUGGGUGCUGCCUGCUGGGUGACUUUGGCGGCGCACAAGUAUGAAGGAGCCACUUACUUUGCGGUCUUCGCAGCAGUCCUGGUGUGGCUGCUCACCUUGGCCCUUUUUGGGCUCAGCCUCUUGGGCCGCUGGUCUCUGGUGCCCGUGCUCGGGACCCGCUGGCUCAUGACAAACCUCCUACACGAUCUGCUGCUUGGGCUCAUUCUCUUUGCUGCCGCCGCCGGCAUCAUGGCCCAGAAGGCACACAAACUGAGGUACUGCAACAUAGCGGGCUACAGCCACUCGUGCAGCUACGGGGGCUACUUGACCGCUGCCGUCUUCGCAGCCUGCAGUGCCUUCUUGUACUUGCUCUCGGCACUCUAUUGCCUCUUACGACGUUCCCGGGGGCACCAUGACAUCAUCUGAAAGGAUGUCAGAAGACGGAUGGAUGGACAGAGCCUUCUUCAAACAGAUGGACAAGCUUCAUCCCAUUAUCCUCUCAGAUUGCUCCUUAUUCCAGACUCAUCAUUGCCUUCCUGAAGACAAAGACACAAAAUGCCCUCUUUAUCUAUCUCCCAUGUACAAAUGGAUGUAUUGCUCAUGGACAGAGUGACCUCUUCAUGAACGGACCAAUACAUGCUUCCAUGACCCAGAAACUAGAAAUGAUAUGUCCUAAAGACGAAACCCAGGAGACAGAUUGUAGGUAUUCAGCAUCUCUCUUCUUCCUUCACUUGGCAGGUGGGUUCCUGUGGGCCUGGAAAGGUUUGGCCUGCUCUGUGAUUGCAGCAUGUGUGAAUGGCGGAGGAUGGCCAGGAAGGGUGAGGUAAUUCAGUGUUCAUAACCCUUCCAGCAGUUGAUUUUACUUAGCUUGUAGUCCUUCCCCAUUUGUUUUAUGGCAUAGGCAUAAGAUCUCACAUUGAAUGAAUUAAAGCUUAGUUAUCUUGAAUAUUCACUUUUUGGGGUGCUCCAUUACUUUUAUUUUUAAAUUGUCUUAUUUGGGACUUGUGAGAGCUUAGAAAUCAUCCCCAAAAGCAUCUGUGACAUUUUUUUCUCUUUUGGCUCAAUGAUACUCUUUUCUUAAUCAGAUGUUUAUAAACUAUGGUUUCUUUUUAAACUUUUACAGAUUUUGUACACAAUCCUGAUAAUAGAUGUUUGCACACUUACAGCAUAGCAUUACUCUAAUAACCAGUUCUUAAUUUCUAAAAAUAAAGAUAGGAAGACACAUGCUUGCUGGAAACUUGUCUUUUCUCCCAGAACACCUGACUUUUAACCCCAAGUAUGGGCCAUGAGCAAUGCCUAUUAAAGUAAGGGAGAGAGAGGUAGAGAAAGUCUUUGCAUAUGCUCAGAUAUUACCUUUGUUAUUAAUAUGUUUCAGAGCUAAGUACUGACACCAAAAUUGAGCUUCUAGAGGUGAACGCAGGAUUAAGUUCUGAGCUCUAGCAAGCCUUAAAAGUAUUCCCUCUGUGACCUUUGAUCAUAAAUAUUGUCCUCAUUACUCUCUGUAUGGAUUAAUGCUUCACUUUCUUGAAAUAUCACUGGGCCACUGCCUCAGAGCAAGCCAUCCGAUAAAAUGAUUUGUCAUAGCUAGUAGGGAACAUUGGAAGCCCCUGUAAGACAUUGGUGGUGGGAUGGAGAGAGAGCAGGGGCCUUUUAUAGAAACGGGAAGGAGAGCCCCUGCUCCACAUCACCGCUUUUCUCCCAACUUUUGCCCCACCAUGUCUCUAGCACAUUGUCAGCUAGCAGGCUCUAAAUGGGAAGGAGGUGCUAGUCAAUAGCUGAAGCUAGAAUUGGAACCAGAGUAGACCCAAGAUGAGGAUUUACCCAAGUUGGGUCUUUAUUGGGCUGGAAACCAGUUCUGAUAUUGGAAUGUUUAAGGGACAGGAAUUUGGGAAUUAAGAAUUUCUGAACCCAAGUCUUCUUAAGGAGGCCUAAGAUCAAGGGCCUCAAAAAGACAUCUUACUAGCAAGACAUCUUACUAGCAAGGUUCUAGAUUCCACGAUGGAGCGCGCACCUUUUAUGGUAAGGUCAUGUUCCCUUCUGCUCCCGUACUCCAGGGAUACUUGCACAGUUUAUUCUGCAUAAAGCACUAACAUAAAUCCCAACUUUGGUGGUAGAAAGCAUGGAGUUUAUUGCUCCAGAGCAGCAUGGGAAAAGAAACUCUGGACCAACUCUGCAAAUAGGCACUGCAGUUGCAAUGUCAACACCAGAGGAAAGUACUCUCAGUGCUGGCAUUUGACUCCAGAGGGCAGAGGGCAGGGAAAUCAUCUAAGCAACAAAUAAGAAAACAGUUGCAUUGUAUGGAGAGCUCCUGACAGGGUCCAGAGUGGCUGAAUUUCCCAGUGCCUACCAGGAGAACAGGACUCAGAGCUGCUUGGUACACCAAAAUAUCUUGUGAGCAGGCACAACAGUGUUAAAACAUGACACCUCUAACUACUGAAAGAGUGGAACCAGGAUCUACAACCCACGCAUCAUUACAGAAGGCUAUGUUAUGCUCUUGGAUACAUUGGAUUUCCCCACUUCUGCCUUGAGAAGUUCUGAAAUAGAGAAGCACUACUGCUCAGAAUUCUAGUGCCAAAUCAUGCCGGACUGCUUGUGCAACAAUCUUGCCUUUGGCUAAGAUGCAACAGCUAAAGUGCCUUUUAUAUUGAUCGUUUUGAAAUGGUGGAGAAGGUUCAUUUUUGUUGGAGUCUUGCUCUCCCAGCAAUGAGAAAUCCUAUCCCAACAAUGCCAAAGGGGAAGUCCGUUCACCUGUCCUCCUCCUCAUAACACAAGGACUCAGGAAGUCCCCCCAAAAUCACCUGUCUUCAGCUUCUGGAUGUGCCUAACUUUCCCCCUCCUGUUUACAUUUAUUGUAAGCAAUGCUCUCAGCCAUUUUCAUCUUUUGUAUUGUGCUGCUCAAGACAAAUGAAACAUUCCUGUCCUGGGGCACAGAAGAAAUGUUCUAUGCCAAUUGUGCUGAAAGGAAUUCACCCUUCUUCCUGGGUUGGUCUGAGGACAUCAAAUGAGCAGGACGUGUCAUUGCUGCAAAGACCGAUGUCCAGGGAAUGCAAGAAAUGGCAUCAACUUGGAGGUGGUGAAGACACUGCUCUAUUUGGAGUCUUGAACCUCAAAUGUGCUGAAACUCAGGAGUCGCCUCUCUCCAUCCACCAGCUAGAGGAAGGCCCAUCUUCUUGCCUGGGAGAGGGGAGGCAGGGGGUUUGCAGCUUCCCUCUUAGCGACUGGCAUGCUUUAUGUGUCUCGAGCCUUCCACAUGGCAUGGUGGAAUAUGCUUGCAGAAUGGCUAUAGCAUCCAUUCAACUGAGUAUCUUGUGUUAUGCUACUCUGGAAAAAGAAGUCCAGGCUAAGACGUUCUUGGUGGGAGGAGAUGCACUAAACCAUAUGAGGCAAGUUGUCAAGACUUAAAUAUUUAGGACUUUCCAGAUGGUUCUUAUUAAGUUUUAAAUGUUUCCCAUUGUGAUUCUAAUUCCUGUGCCUCAGUUCCUGUAUCUGAAUCCUUUCUGAAUAUGGCUCUGUCCCAAAGGUUACAUUCCUCCACCCCAAUUUCAGAACUCAUUCACAUUCUUAAUAAAGUUGUCUGUGGAGUACAGCCUGCCA